AUGAUACUUGGCUAUUGGAACAUUCGUGGUUUGGUUGAACCGAGUCGUAUGAUAUUGCAUUAUACAAAAACUCCAUUUACAAAUCAAACCUAUGCACUUCAAGAUGGUCCACAUUAUGCCGGUGAAUGGUUAAAACGAAUAAAUCCAUUUCCAAAUUUGCCGUAUUUAAUUGAUGGUGAUAUAAAAUUAACACAAAGUAAUGUAAUUCUACGCUAUUUAGGGCGAAAAUUUAAUAUGAUGGGUAAAACGGAAAAAGAGGUAGCAAUGUGUGAAUUAUUGAUUGAUCAGUUAUUUAAUUUACGUACAGAAUUUAGUAAAGCUGCAUACGGUCCAGUUGAAGGUUUUGAAGAUGCCAAACAAAUAUUUAUCAAUGGACCAUUAACGAAUUAUUUAAAAAUGUUAGAAAAAUUUUUAGGUAAAUAU